AUGCUUUUGGACCUCCCGGAUGCCGUCCUCACUGCAAUUUGCCGCCAACUGCCUGAUGAAUGCAUAUUUGCGGCAGCUCUUUCGUGCCACCGCCUCAACGAGCUCGCUCUUCGCGUCUUCCUCUCCAGAAACGACAUUCCAGAUCCCCUCCGUCAAUGCGACGUUUAUCUGGAAGGUCAAGGCGUGGAACGCACCGCGUUGGGACUGCUCCAUGCCCUUAAUUUGGCCACCCUCUCGUUUUUGAAGUCAACUAAGACUUUAUCCUUCAUAUUCCUCAACGCGGACCUCUCCCUUGGUCUCAGAGACCUCGCCCAAGCGGCUUCACUCGUGAAUCGCUUGUCGCCAAUCCAGCAUGUGUCCUUGGAGUUUCGUGGAACCAUCUGCGAAAACCGGAUAGAAAUGAGUACUAGCAUUCAACGACGAUGGAAUUCGGGCUUCUUGGACCUCUGGUCAGCCGUUUUGUCCAAUCAAACGGUCUCGACGCUUUCAAUUCGAACUAAAUGGGAUUUCCUCCAGAGCUACAAGCUCUAUGACAGUCCCUCGCGCAUCAGAGACGUUUCCUCGGCACGCUUGACUCGAGCUCAAUCAAUUUUACGCUCUACCUGGCGAAGGCUGCGUCCCAUUCCCAGCCAUACAAGCCCAUCGUCGUCCGUUCAACGGGCAUUACCCAGUCCACCCACCAUUACCGCCUUUCACAUCGAAAGCUCCCUAAUACUCCAUCCCGCGUUUUACCAGAUGACAUUAUUCACAUUGCGAUGCUCUCCGAUCACAUCGCUCAAGCUGCAUUCAGUACCAGAGCUCAUCAAACGCCGAAACACAAAGGGCCCCAAUCUAUCCGAAGACAUUGUGAACGCCCUACCGUUCCUCACAUCUCUUACUAUCGCCAAUAUGGAACUCGAGACCACUGUCUUAUGCCGCUUCCUUUCCAAGUUUCCACAACUCACCAACUUGACGAUUGAACCGCCCGGUCAAUAUUCGUAUUUUCAAUCGACAACCAGGCUUGUGCCGCCUUUACCACGCGAUGUCCCGCGGCUAGCACUUCUCAACGAACUGUCUGUGGGCUCUGGCUACCUGGUUGCGUUUUUGCAGCGACCAAACUUUCUUGCCCGUAUAGCCCGUCUUCACAUUACGAUUCCCAUGGGUGAUCUACUUCUCCCGUCCCUAUUGAAUGACCUCGCACCAAUCAAGCGAUCUCCUCCAGCACAGAUGUCGCUCUCACUCGACAAAUUCAACCUGCUUGCGAGCGCUAUCUGGGCUAUGGAAAAUUGCAUUGAUGUUUCUCUCGGACUGGGAAACAAGUGGAAGGAUGUGUUUUCCCGCGUAAAGGACUUGACUCUCGUUCGAACCCACUACCCGGCUUUGCAUGAGAGCCCGGUAUUUCGUCGUUGGUUGGCUCUGUUCCCAGCGGCUAAGAAAGUGACAUGGGACGAAUACUCUUCCGACGAUUAUCCCGUAGUCUUUUCAAAGCAACGGAUUUACGCAAGCGAGGAUGUGCAUGAGACGAAGGAAUCCAAGUCAAACAAUACUCAAUUCAUGGACUUUCCCGACGACAUCCUCAUUUCCAUUUUGGAAUUGCUGACUGACGAGUUAUUCGACGUUGCGCUUGUCUGUCGCCGGCUGAACUACCUCACCAUCCCAAUUUUCUUGAUGGCUUCAAACAUAUGGAACCGCACAACACAUUGUUGUGUCAUUAAACUCAAUUCGUAUCCCAUCGCCAGAGACCAUCUCGCUGCACUCAGUAUCGCACUGGUCCUUCCUCAUAUCGAAGAAGUCUGGGUCGACAUUCCUCGUUCAGGCUACAUUUAUCCCUCCCUAAACCAUGUUCAGCGACUGAUUCCUGUCUUGAAACGAAUCGACAUGGUGAAGAAGGUGUCCCUUCGGUUUGGUGUGGCCCCAAAAAUGCAUCUCGAGGAGCAUCAUAUUCACUUGCAGUAUCGAUGGUGCUCGCUUUUCCAAGAACUUCUCAAUGUCGUCGUCAACAAGGAAACUUGCACCACCCUACACAUUAGAGGGUCCCCGUACCUUUUCCCCGACGAAAUUCGGUGGAAUCAACGCCGUCAUACGCAGCUGAAACAGCAUGUGCUACUGGACCUGCCGACCCAAACGAAUCUCACGCACAUCUCAUUCGAGCCUGCUGCCAUGUUGUCGCCCAUAUUCGAGCCCUGGACAACAUCCGUGCUCCAGAACUCGAAACUAGACUCUCUUCGACUGGAUGUCACUAUGGAAGACUAUCGCUUUGUGGAAAUUAUUUCACAGGCGCUCCCGCACCUGCGUGAACUCGAGAUCCGCUGGCUGAUAUCUCCUGAGAAGAACCUACGAAUCGCAACAUUCCUUUCGCGCCUAACCAAGCUUGAAUCGCUUCGCAUGUCGUCUGUCUUCACUGACUUGACAUCAGCGCAGCCGAUCCCACUCGCCAUUCCCCAUCUUCCCCAUCUAACAACUUUGAAUGCGUCCAUUCCCUACAUCAAUCAUCUCUUGCGCUGGGUCCCUCAUGCGCUGCCCUCCCUUCAACAGCUCGAAAUCAGCACGCUUCUUUCGUCUUCAUCAACGCGCCCAUCAACAGCUAUUGGAAGCCUUGAAACGCUGUUUGAGGGGCUGCGGCGACAUAACCUUUCUCCGCGCAUAACCCUCGCUGUCAACUUUCGCACAACCUGGGAGCGCGACGCCCACUGGCCGCGAAACGCAUUCGACUCGGUUCUCGGUGUUGGCUGGGUGCAGUGGUGCCCGACCAUUUCGGCGCUCAAAGUGAAAGUGACUUCGCCGUAUUCGCGGCUCGCCAACUGGGACAGCAACGCGGCCUAUGUGUCCUUUUUGCGCGAACGGCUGACGAUGUUCCCCGCGUUAACGGAGGUCUCGUUCGUGGAUGGUAUUGAGUAUAAGACGGAGACUGAAAUGAUGGGAAUGGCGUCAGUUAUCGUGCAAACGGUAAAAGCGACUCAUCCCACUAUGGGGUCGAUCUGGGUGAAUAGGAAGAGGUUAUUGUAG